CAAACAUGCGUGCUUCUUUCAUAAUCCUGUGACAUGAGUGUCAAGAAAUAAAAGAGAUAAAUUCGGGUGCAAUUUUCAUAUAGGAAAGGAAAUUAUUCUUAAGUCAGGAUUAUAGUUAAGAUUGUGGGGCUUGCAUAAUGGAAGAAUACACAAGAGAACCUUGCCCUUGGCGUAUCGUUGACGAUUGCGGAGGUGCAUUCACCAUGGGUUUAAUUGGUGGAGGUGUCUUCCAAAGCAUCAAAGGUUUCCGUAAUGCCCCAUCAGGAUUCAACAGACGAUUAAUUGGAUCAAUGACAGCCAUUAAACAAAGGUCCCCAACAAUUGCUGGCAACUUUGCUGUUUGGGGUGGUUUGUUCUCUACCAUUGAUUGUGCUUUGAUACAUGUCCGCAAGAAGGAAGAUCCAUGGAACUCUAUUAUCAGUGGAGCAGCAACUGGUGGUAUUCUGGCAGCAAGAAAUGGUGUCUCUGCAAUGGCUGGCAGUGCGUUCAUUGGUGGCGUCCUAUUAGCUUUAAUUGAAGGUGUUGGUAUUUUAUUCACCCGUCUAUCUGCUGAGCAAUUUCAGCCACAACCUCCAGUCUUUGAGGACCCCACACAGCAGGCACCCUCUGGAGGCCUUAGUUUCCAAUAAAAUUUUACAGAAUA